CACCUACCUGUGGUGAAUAUGCAAGCAACCCUUCAACUAAUCUGACAGUAUCCGUCACAUUUGAUAUUUUCACGUUCAUCCAGUUUGUUCGGAAAUAUCUGAUAGGAAAAAAAUCACUGAUUCAACAUGUUCGGACGCCUCGCCAACAUUUCCCGCACAGGAAUGACUAAUAUGGUCCGUCAUUCGCACUCCCAAGGUGGUAUUCCCGGCGAGAAUCUGCCGUUCAGCCUCAACAACCGGUACAAGCUUACCGCUUUGUUUAUCGUAUUCUUCGGUUCUGGUCUGGGUGCGCCUUUCUUCGUUCUCCGGCAUCAGCUGUUGAAGCAGUAAAAGUGUUGCCCUUCCGCAGAUGGCAAUGGGAUUUACGUUUAGCGCACUGCAAAGGGUACGAAAAAGAAAGUGGUUUGCUUAGAAACGAAGUAAUAUUGGAAUAAAUGUAUUAAAGUAAA